AUUGUUUGUUUAAUAUUCCUUAGAAGUUUAAAGAUCUAUAUAAAGUACCCAAUUUGCUCUCUGAUCUUCACACUCAUCAAACACUACUCAUAGAGCUAUGGUGAAGGCAGCAUCCCUUGCCGGAGUCAACGUGGAGUUCCUUGAAUUCCCGCCAGUGGUCACACCUCCGGGGACCACCAAAUCAUAUUUCCUUGCCGGCGCAGGGGUGAGAGGGUUACCAAUUAAUGGGGUAUUCAUCACGUUCACGGGACUCGGGUUAUAUUUGGAAGACAAAGCAGUUCCAUAUUUGGCUUCAAGGUGGAAGGCCAAAACCCCUGCUCAGUUGUUGGAUUCUCUUCAUUUCUACAGAGACAUCAUCCAAGGUCCGUUUGAGAAACUGAUUAGAGGGUCAAAGCUUAAAACAUUGGAUGGUCCUGAAUAUGUAAGGAAGGUUUCAGAAAAUUGUGUGGCAUACAUGAAAUCCGUAGGAACAUUCGGUGAUGCAGAAGAAAAAGCUAUUCAUGAAUUCAGACAAGCCUUCAAGGAUCAAAACUUCCCACCAGGCUCUACUGUCUUCUAUGAACAAUUCCCCAAUGGAACAUUAGGGCUGAAAUUCUCCAAGGAUGACACAAUACCAGAACAUAGGAAUGCAUUUAUUGAAAACAAGGCACUUUCAGAGGCAGUGUUGGAGACAAUGAUUGGGGAGAUUCCUGUUUCGCCUGCUUUUAAAGAGAGUUUGGCUACAAGACUUUCUCAGAUUCUGAAUGAGGCCAAUCCCUCCAUUGAGUUCUAAGAAGUUGAAGUUCUCAUCAACAACCUUCAAUAAAAAAGGGUUCCAACUAGACAUUGCUGUUUACUUUGUCAUAAAUAAUGCCACUCUUCUUGUCUCAACUAUCUCUGUGCUUGUCUGCCUUUCUUUCCUUUAUGCCAAAUUGCCAAUCAAUUAAAUGAGUGAAACAAA